AAAAAGAAUGUAUACAUGUAUGUGUAACUGGGUCACCAUGCUGUACAGUAGAAAAAAAAUCAUGUAUUGGGGAAAUGAAAAUUUUUUUAAAUAAAAUAAAAAUUUUUAAAUAGAUUUAUGGACUUAUUCUAGUUUUUGAAUAGAAGAGAGGCAUUUAAAUAAAUGUGUGUGCAUGCAUACAUGCAGUAAGCAAUUUUAGACACUGUAUCUAGUUGAUUAUGAACAUUUAAAGCCAAUACAAUUCUUAUAUAAUGAUAAAGACAAUAUAAUUUACUUAAAUCUCACUUAUGAUGAGGUAGGAAGGGAAUAUAAUCCUGAUGUUGCAAGUGUCAAGGUCAGAUGAAUUCGCUUUUCGUAUAUGUAUCAAAUUCGUAGCCUUGCCCCUUUGUACAUUACUUCAUAUUUGACCAUGACUUCUGUCACUCUCUGCUUUGUUUGUUCUGAGAUUUUUCAUGGUCCCCUUACCUUCUUUUUGUUAUCUUUUAUAUGUAGGCUUUUAGUGUAUCACUGAUAAUAUCUGUGCUCUAUAUGUUGCCUACAAUCCACUUUAUCCUUGAAGACACCUUGCAUUUCCUAUUCUAAUGUAGUCUAGUUACACUGUUGGCAUCUGGAAAUGUCCAAGUUUAGCCUCCGGAGAGUUCAUGGUUCUGGUGUCUGCACUUUUUGAUUCUGUUAAAGAAAAAAUAUUCUGACAUUUAUUAAAACAAUAAAGAGACCUUUAUUCAGGGCUAUCAUAAAUAUCAGGACUAUCACAGUAUGGGGGAAAAUCACUAAGAAGAGACAUUAAGGGUUGGGGGGGAUUCUUGCCAGACCAAGUUCACCAGGGUUUUGGUAGAGCCAGGCCAGGGUUAGCAGAUAGCAGGGGUGUGGGAUGAGGAUUCUGAGCAGAUGUCAAGGAUGAUGAGAUGUCAAGGGUGGGGGGGAGGCUGUCACUGAAGUUCUUGCUACAGCUGGACUAGGCAGGCUGAAGACAGGAUGGGAGGCCAAGGUCAAGGUCUAGUAAAGGAGAGGGCUGAAGCUUGGACAAGGAGAGAGUCAUUGUCAAAGAAACAUUGUUUAGGCAGCAAAUUUUGAAUCAUUAUAUUAGUUUCCUAUUGCUGCCAUAACAAACUGUCACAAACCCGUUGGCUUAGAUAACAACAUAAAUUACUUCUCUUAGAGUUCUGGAGGCCAGAAAUCUGAAACCAGUUUCACUGGCCUAAAGUCAAGGUGUCAGCAGGGCUGUUCCUUCUGGGAUCCCUUGCUUGUCUGGCUUCUGGGGGCCGCCUGCUUUCCUUGGUUGCUGGCCAAUCUCCUGCAUCCAUCCCCGCCUCCACUUCAUCCUUUGAGCUUGUCUCCCUCUCCUAAGGGGCUGCGAUGGUGUUGUGCCUCCCAUUACACAAUCCAGCAUCAGCUUCCCAUCUCAAGAUCUUAAUUACAUCUGCAAAUUCCCUUUUCCCUAUACAUCCACCAGUUCCAGAGGUUAGGAUGUGGACCUCUUUAGGGGAGUCUCUUCAGCUCACCACACCUUGUGAUAUCCCACAGUGUUUUUAUUUUUCAUUCCUACUGGAUCACUUGUUUGGCUCGGUAUAGAAUUCCAAGUUUAUGCUAUUUUUUUCCUCAGAACUUUGAAAAUAAGUCCUUCACUGCCAUCUGUCUGAUAAGAAAUUUAAUGCCAGUCUGAUUCUCCUCCUAGGUUUAUGGUUUGAGCUUCUCCCCUCUUUCUAAGUUUCUAAGAUCUUUUGCUUAUGUUGAAUGUUACAACCGGCUUAAGCUGAGGGUGCACCUAAUUCAUUAAGCGUAAUUAAUGUGUAUUACCAUGCCACUAAUUGGCCGCCCCUUUUACAAGUGGUUUCCAAAUUGUAGGUAGGUCCCAACCCAUUUAAAAAAAGAAAGAAAGAAAGAAGGAAGCAAUGAAGAGAUGAAGGAAAGAAUAAAUAGAAUGGGAAAUUUCACAGUGCCAUCCUGCAGUAGGUAUGCAUAUUGUUUUAUGAAACAUUUAUAUCACUAGCAUAUCUGCAGGGGUGUUAAAAAUUUACAAAAACCUUCCAGAAUUUAGUAUAAAUUUGCUUAGUGUCUGAAACAGGGCCUGAAGCUUUCGCAUUUAAAACAAUACUGUUAAAAAUUCAGUUACAAGGUAUGCUUGAGAAGAAAAUUCCUACUUAGCUUGUUUAAUGUUGUAAAUAAAAAUUUUCUUCUUUAAAAUUCAUGGAGGAAUAAAAUAAAAAAAUUAAAAAAAAAUUUCUUUGUUGCUCCAAGACAAGUUUGAUUAAAAGUAAUAAGAAUGUGGCUAAUUCUGAAAUACAAGGUUAAGGCAUGCUCCAAAGCUACUCCUUUAAAGCCCCUGUUUGUUAUUAGAUGGAAUGCUGGGUGUGGGCUGGUGUGGUUCAUACUUGGGAUCAAGCCUGAAAGCCAUGUUUUCACCCUCAACACAACAUCAUCUUUGUUUGACUGUCCCUAGUUCGUGUAACCACAGCGUGGUCUGUUUUCCCCCUUAGAAUGUAUCUCAGACCUCUGCUUUCUUGUGCUUGUUUCACAAAUAGUUUCCAGUAGCGCUGCCUUGCGCUUGUCUGUUUCCGUUCGCUGCUGAAUGUGUGAGGGACCGCCUGACACUCUCGGUGUGCCUGUGACCUCUGGGCGAUGAUGAGUCUUGGAAGAGAUAGGUUUGCUCUAUGAGGACUGAGGCCGUUGUGAAUUCCCAAGGCCAGGCUGGUUCCCUAACAAAGGAUUCAGACCAGGAUGUAGCACUCAAACUUGCCCAGGAACGAGCUGAAAUAGUUGCUAAAUAUGACAGAGGACGCGAAGGCGCAGAGAUCGAGCCUUGGGAAGAUGCCAAUUACCUGGUUUACAGAGUCACGGAUCGAUUUGGCUUCUUACAUGAAGAGGAGCUCCCCUCUCACAACGCGGCUAUGGAGCGGCAAAAGCACCUGGAAAUUGAAAGAACUACUAAAUGGCUAAAAAUGCUGAAAGGAUGGGAAAAAUACAAGAACACUGAAAAGUUUCAUAGGAGAAUUUACAAAGGAAUCCCACUCCAGCUCAGAGGUGAAGUCUGGGCUCUACUCCUGGAGAUCCCGAAAAUGAAGGAAGAAACAAGAGACCUUUAUAGUAAAUUAAAGCACAGAGCCCGGGGCUGCUCACCAGAUAUCAGACAAAUAGACCUUGAUGUCAACCGCACAUUUAGGGACCAUAUCAUGUUUCGAGACAGAUACGGUGUUAAGCAACAAUCCCUGUUCCAUGUCCUUGCUGCAUAUUCUAUUUAUAACACGGAAGUUGGAUACUGUCAGGGCAUGAGCCAGAUCACAGCUUUACUCCUCAUGUAUAUGAAUGAAGAAGAUGCCUUCUGGGCCCUGGUCAAACUGUUCUCGGGCCCCAAACAUGCCAUGCAUGGGUUUUUUGUCCAUGGUUUUCCCAAACUCUUGAGGUUUCAAGAACAUCAUGAAAAAAUACUGAAUAAAUUUUUGUCCAAGCUUAAGCAGCACUUGGACUCUCAAGAAAUCUACACAAGUUUUUACACAAUGAAGUGGUUUUUUCAAUGUUUCCUUGAUCGUACUCCCUUCACCCUCAACCUCAGGAUAUGGGACAUCUACAUCUUUGAAGGAGAGCGAGUCCUUCCUGCUAUGUCUUACACAAUCUUGAAAUUACACAGAAAACAUCUUAUGAAAUUGUCAAUGGAAGAACUUGUAGAAUUUCUCCAGGAGACCUUGGCAAAGGAUUUUUUCUUUGAAGAUGACUUUGUGAUAGAGCAACUUCAGAUUUCUAUGGCAGAACUCAAGCGGGCAAAAUUAGACCUUCCGGAACCUGGUAAAGAGGAGGAGUUUCCAAAGAAGCCUUUGGGACAACUUCCACCUGAAUGUCUGUCGGCUGGCGUGAGUCACCUGAGCAACGGACAGAGAAGUGUGGGCAGGUCGAGCCCCCACCCGGGCGGCAGAAGAGAGAGCGGCUCGGCGCCUCACAAACCGCUGGAGCAUCCCCCUGCGCAUCAAGGAAAAAGUGGAACCCCGGAGAGAGGGAGGCAGCCCAGACGGAAGUCGCUGGACGAGGAGACGAAGAAGCUGAAAGAGGAGGCCGAGUUUCAGAGAAGACUGCCGGCCGCUGCCCAGGACGGUUCCAGGCAGUACAACCAUGCCGCCGCCAACCAGAACAGCAACGCCACUUCCCACGGCAGGAAGGAGUUCGUGCCCAAGUGGAAUAAACCGUCCGACGUGGAGAGAAGCGCCAAGUACGCCCUGGAAGGCCGAGCUCGCGCCGCCCACCCCGCCGCCCCGCGGGUGUCCAACGUGAGGCAGAAGGUGAAGGUUCUGGACGCGGACGAGGGGAAGCGCGGCUCCAACGCGUCCCAGUACGACAACGUGCCCGACGGCGAGAGCGGCGCGGUGGAGGAGGCGCUGGAGAGGGCACGCGCGCCCAGCCCGCGGAGGCCGGCGGCGUCGGGGGCCAGUCCGGCCAGGGCGCCGCCCGCGUUCACGCUGCCCGCGCCGCCGCCGAGCCACGCGAGGCCCCCGGCUCAGGCUCAGGCAGACGGGGAAGACCGCGGGCCCGCCCCGUCCUACAGCAACCCCCCUGUUUACCACGGCGGCUCCCCCAGACGCAGCCCUGCGUCUCCGCAGUUUCCCCGCGGGGCUCCGGUGAAUCCUUCCCGGAGGCCUUACGGCUCCGCUCUCUCCAUCGAUGUUUCUCCAGAAAAGUCUUACACCCGCCCGACCCCUAUUGUCCAGCCAUCGAGCCGAAUAGAAGUUCUCCCUGUUGAUAUUGGUGCCGGGGGAUACUCGGGCAAUUCCGGGUCACCAAAGAGUGGCAAAUUCAUCCUCCCUCCAGUGGAUUAUUUGCCGGAUCACAGAAAAUGGCCAGAAGUGGGUUACACUCUGAGGCCCGAGACGCAUGGACCCGCGUGGACUCGCGAUGCCAACCAUAGCCACCUAAGCAGUCAACCAAAAUACCCCGCCUUUCAACACGCCCCCUUUCAGGACCGCCCCCUCCCCGCAGUUUCAGUGGACAGCCCGGCGCGGUACAGGACUUGCCCGGCUCUAGAAGACGCCGGCUCGCCCGGGUAUCAGUAUUCAGGGCCCCCUCCCCCAGCCUAUCACUACAGAAGCCGGGGUGGACUCUCCAUUCAGGAAUCAGUAUUGCUGUGAGAAUUUUUCCUGGCAACAGACAAGAGAAUAGAAACCAUACGAAACCUACAUUGCUAUGUUUGUAAUUGCCAAAGCAGUAUUUUAUACCGUUGUAAACCACUCGCACAGCUCUCACGUCUGUCAGUACUAAGAGUGUAUGGAAGUGUCUUCAUCCCCACCGAAUGCUGCUUAAGGUGACCUUUUAAUUUGCAUCAUCACUGAACCUGUUAAAGAGACUUUAAGGUGGAAACAUAGCAAUAGCAUUUAGGGAUGCACGCACAGUUUCAUUUAGAUCAUUCUUCCGAACCUGAAUAGUUUUACUCUGUUAGCCCAUUCUCUUUUGAGUAAUGUUACAAAGCACUGAAAGACUGUAGAAUAGAUAUUUUUAAGGCCACAUGUAGUGUAUGUGUCUUUUAAUAGCUGUUAUAGGCAUCUAUGCAUACACGCUUGAACACAGAACUCAAGAUAUGUCAAAAAAGAAAACUACUUUUAAUCCAGAUCCAUGAUAAUUUAUUCUUCUUUUUCCUAACUUGUCUUCUAGUCAAGUUUUUGUUUUUGUUUCUUUUUUCUUUUUAACCCAGGUCCUAAACUGAUUUGAGGGUUUGCCCUGACUUGAUUAAGCAUGUCACAGAAUGCUCAGCUUUUUCAUUCAGUUGCUGGCAUUUUCUUUCAGUCUGAAAACUGGAAGACUUUGGAGAGAAAGGUUAGCCACUUAAUGGUGCUUACAAACCAGGGCAGUUAGAGCGAGUUUAUGGCCAGAGGUGCAGUGCUCGGUGUAUGCACGUUCACCGCCCUGUUUGUGCAUCUGUGCCCUUUGUUCUGGUCUGACUCUCUCCAAGCUCAGAGCAGAGUGUUCCUUGCCAGAUGCCCAGGAAGUGCCGCAGUACAGCUCUCCAGCAGAUGCCAGCAGGAGAAGUUGCAAGUCACUGAUCAUCAAGCUUUCACACAGGGCAGCAGAAAAAAACUCCUUUGAAAUUCAUUUGAAAGCAGGAUUAGCAAUAUGGUAACUUCUUACUUCUGCCCCUUAAAUCCCCGCAGAGCCUCCCACAAAGGGCCCAGAGUGGCAUUUCCGUCAUCUUUUCCUGGCCCGCGUGCUUUAAAGAAUGUAGUCACUGUGUGUUGCUGCACAUGGGCCAUUAAAUUAGCAUCAUGUUAAAUUGUAAAAAAAUGAUCCUAAUUAUUACUAGGAAUUGAAGAUUUUGGUCUUUUUUUUUUUCAUAGUAUGACUUUCAUGCUUUCAAGUCAGUUUUUUUGUUUGUUUUUUUCUUUGAUUUGUUUCAGUGAAAAAAAUUCAGGUUCAUAGUAAAAAAAAAAAAAAAAACAAUUAGCAACGUCUUUUAAAAUAUUACACUACAGUUACCAAAACACUGACCAAGUUUUGGGCACUCCAAGAAGGUAUGAGUUUGGGUUUCAUUGGAGAGCUUGUUUUCAACAUUACUUUGAUCCUGUUUGAACAGUAGGGAGAGAAUACAGAUCCUGCCAUUUAAUGGUCCUUCCUGUUGCAAGUUGGGGCUUUAAGCUUUCAAGGUACAGAAGUAUGUCUUUUAAAAUGAGAGUAACAUUUGUUUAGCUAGUGAAUGUGACAAUAUUUUUUAUGUAUAUAAUGAGUCUAAUGUAAUUUUAAUCAGCUGGGUAAUGAUGUUAUUAAAUGGCAAAACAAAUGCAGUGUAUUAGCAGCUAAGCACUGCAAGGCAAAAUCCAGACACUGGCAGGCUCCUGAUUCAGAUAAUGUGGACACUUAGAAAUAAAUGUAUAUAAACAUGUAGCUGGGGAUCUGAAUUCCAAUUUUAAACCAUGAUUCUAUGACUUGUAAUAAACCAAGCUGUACAAUUUAGUUGAUGAUAGCAGCCUCUGAGCUGCUCCAAAAUAUAUAUAUCAACAGUGGUAAAUACUGUAGAAUUAUAUAUAUAUAUACACACACACACAUAUAUAUAUAUAUAUGCAAAAUAUAUAUAUACACACACUAUUUUCUUAAUGUCAUCUGACAUUUUUUAUCUGUACACUUUUUUUGAUGUGAUUGUUUUUAACAUGCUAAAUAAGUAUAUUUUUGUUUUGUGUCUUUUAUGUGCUUUUUUCCAUAUGGCAUCCCUGAUGCGUCUCCAGCUAAAUUCCACGCUAACUGAGUAGGUACUGCCCUGUGUUUGCCCACAUGACUUUCUGUAUAUCACAGUUCUUUGUCCUGUGCUUUUCUCAUUUCCAGUAGUUCUGUAUUUGGAACCUCAUCACCUUCCCUUUAUUUGAUCAUUAUUAACAGCAGUAAGGUGUUAUUUUCAGUUUUCCCCUAUCGUAUAGCUCUCUUUUUCACGUAGGAAAAUUUAAUUUGAAGUUAUUUUGCCACCAUACAAUUUUACUCUUUCAAAUUUAUAUUUUAAUAAAAGAAAAAUAAUAAUGAUAGAAGAUGAAAUAAUAUUCAUAAAGUGGGUCAAAUAUACUUACAAAAUGUCUGGUAAGGAUUUUCAUAGUGUGGAGAUUAAUUUUACUCUGUUAACUGUACAUGUAGUAAAUAUUUUGUGACUAUUAAGUCUUUUCUUCAGAGCAGUUGUGCCUAACAUAGUAAGCACUUUGAUACAGUUUGGUUUUUUUUUGGGGGGGGUUCUUUUGCUUUGCUUUUGUUUUUUGCUUUUUAGGGCCGCACCCAUGGCAUAUGGGGCUUCCCAGGCUAGGGGUCAAAUUGGAGCUACAGCUGCCAGCCUACACCACAGCCACAGCAACAAGGAAUCCAAGCCGCAUCUGCGAUCUACACCACAGCUCGCGGCAACGCCAGAUCCUUAACCCACUGAGUAAGGCCAGGGAUCCAACCCAAAUCCUCAUGGAUCCUAGUCACGUUUGUUAACCACUGAGCCACAAAGGGAACUCCCCAGGUUUAUUUUUUUAAUAUUUAGUUUGAAAAGUUAAAGAAACUAGACCUAGUGUCUCAAAAGUUUUUUUUUUUUUUUUCCUUUUGUGUUUUUUCCUUUUUUUUUUUUUUUAGGACUGCACCUGCAGCAUAUGGAAGUUUCUGGGCUAGGGGUGGAAUCAGAGCUGCAGCUGCCUGUCUACACCUCAGCCACAGCAACACGGGAUCAGAGCUGCAUCUUCGACCUACUCGUGCAACGCCGGAUGCUUCACCCCCUGAGCCACAACGGGAACUCCAUCAAAAGGUUUUAGAACUUCAACUCUUUCAGGUGUUUAUAGGAUUUUAAAAAUAGCUUUUCAAGCUGGGAGAUACCAGCUGUCAUCUACAUGUGUCAGAUCAGACCCCCGAGGAUUGUCGGGGAGGCGGAACUCUUUUCUUCUGUCUCUGGCUUCUCCACCCAGGCCCUGUGAGCUGGACUGACCAAGCUGACAAAGGACAGGUCAGCGGCCAGAACACCCAGAGGUUCACUACUGUGCGCAUCCUGCCUCCCUUGGUGCCCGGUGACGAGGAACCGCAGGGGCGCUCACUCAAGGUCCCUGCACCUAACUUGGUCCACAAGGAGGUGGGCAGCAAGGGCACCUGGGGAGAAGCAGACGCUUUUCUGGAGGGCUGUUGGAGAAGCGAUGGGAGAGGCGAUAGUUUGUGGCAGUGCCCAGGGUGGUGCCAGGAGAGAUUCGAGCUGCCCGGGGAGGGCAUUUAUGACACUUGAGUCCACGGGCAGGCUCUGCUUUUAGGCAGAUGAGGGAUUUCCUGAACGCCAGUGCCUUCGGCUCAAAAAUCCUUCUUAUGCCAAAGUGGCUUAUUUUGGGGUGGCAGGUCCUGACGCCCUUCUCUGUCAGUGGCAGAAUGUUUCUUAAAGAAAGGAAAUUCAGUCAGUGGGACAUUUCUGGAAAAGACAAAUAGAUGUUUACAGGAUGCGAUGUGAUUGUUUCAACUUUUCUUUCAUUUUAAGGGUCUGAUACUAAAUGUUACCUGGUGGCACUUGAUCAUGGAGGUUUGUAUUUGUGGUCAUUUCCGAUUUCUCCCCCCAGGGCCUGUUAUGCUGUAAACACAGAAAUGAUCCCUGGUCGAUACUUUGCUAAGGUUUCUUUUCAUCUUCAUGAUUAGAAACAUUCCAUGUCCACAAAUCGGGAUUUAUUCACAGAGGGUCUGCCGUUUAAUCUCCUGAAAAUAUUACUCUGAGUUAUCUUUUAGACUCAGACCUUUGAGUAUAUGCUCCAGACUGUGGGUUAAUUAAGACUGUGGCUUUGGCGAUCUGGAUUUUUCCUUUGUUUUAAUUGUUCUUGAACGGGUUUUAAAUGUCACUUCUAGUGUGGCCAUUAACACGUAUUGACCAGAUGGUUUUAAUAAGUCAGACUUGACCUUUACAAUGACCUACGGUGUUGAGGACGGAGGAGAGGAUUCCAUUUCACGUUCUCAUGCGAGCUGUACUGUUAGUGGGAUUUUCAGUUAUCCGUAAAUCUAAGCAGAACUGCCCCGUUUUAUCGGGAAGACUGUUAAAACACAGAGGAGCACAUUUUAGAUCUCAGAGGAGUGUGUCUCAACCUCUGCUGCUGUUUAGAAUUUUCUGGAGAAUUUUUUUUUAGAGUGGAUUGUCGUAUAUUCCCACCGUGAGCUGUCUCAGAUCCUUAACAGGUCAGUUCCAGAGUUUAAAAUCUCUGAUUUCAGCUAAGUGAGAAAAACUUCUACUGGAAAGCUGAACAUCACCAGCCAUCUGUAAAUUCUGAUGAACUGCCCACAGUGAAAGUACAAGUGGCUUCGGGUCAGUGGCCGGACCCUGAACUUCGUCUCCCCACCACGUACAGUAAUACUUCCGGGCGGGUGGGGCUUUAUGAAGAUUUCCGUUUUCCUGCACCACCUCUGUCACUUGCCUAAAGUGACAGGCCAAAAAGAGGCCUGAGCUGUGGGAAAGCCCAAGUGCACUUCCUCCCCGUGGGGAGCCGAGAAGAUGCUGCCUAGUCUGGUUGUCCUCCGGACCCGUUGGCACCUACAGUGCACUAGUGCCCCGGGACCGUGCUGGGCUCCCACUUUAAGAAAUGAGAUGCAUUGUGUGAUCUGUGUCCAGUUCGGUGUUGCGAUGUGGGCAGGUGGCUAUCACGGGUAAGAAAGGCCAGCGCAAGCAGGUCAGGGAGGGCCUGAGGGGGGCGCGCAAAGUGGAAAAGCCUGAAGGCAGUGGAUGGAGGGGCGCUUGUGCCAUGGGAUGGCAUGAGCAUGGCAUGGUGUCGGGGAGGGGGAUGUGGUGGCAGGUGCCACAGAGACCAGGCCCAGGGGGUCUCAAGUGCCACACGCAGGCAUGUGCGCACAAGCCUGGAGGAAGCCAGGAAGAGAGCCAGUCGUCUGUCUGAAAGCUGGUUCAGAGCCUAACGCCAGGGAAGAAGGUUCAAGGAAACAGGGAUUCACUAGUUAGGAGGACAAUUUACUAAGUGAAGUUGGCAAAACUUGAUCAUUGGUUGAAUGUAAUCAUGAUAAUUAUGAAAAGUAGCUAACAUGACUGAAUGUUUGCCGUGUGUCUGACACUGUGCUAGCAUCUUACCUCUUAAUUCACUUAAUUCUGACAGUAGCUAUGAAGUAUGGAUUAUCUUAAUUCCUGAUGUACAGAUGAAAAAACUCGAGGUAACUUGUCCCAGGUGACACAGCUGGUAGGUAAUAGAUCCAGGACUGGAAUCGGAAUCCAGAACCUGUGCUUCCCUCCCACAGCCAACAGUUUUUAGGAAGUGUGAUUUAUCUACCAUAAAGUUCACCCAUCUCAGUGGACACGUCAAUGCUUUUUUAGUAAGUCCCGGAGCUGUGCAGCCAUUACGACACACCAAUUUGGGGACGUUUCCAUCACCUCAAAAAGACCUCUUGUGCCCAUUUGUGAUCUCCAUCCCCCAGCCGCAGGCAACCACUAAUCCACCUUCUGUCCUUCUGAUUUCAUAGAGAUGGAAUCAGAUAACACCGGUUUUUGCAUCUGGCCUCCUUCCUUUGUCUAUCCAGCCACCAGCUGAUAGAGCCUUGGAUUGGUUUCACAUGCUGCCACGACCACUUGUGUACAGACGUGUGUGUGUGGCCGUGUUUUCAUUUCCCUUGGGUAUUCGUUUAGGAGUGCUGUCGCUGGGUUUUACUGUGUUUGGUUCAGCUUUUUAAGGAACUCCCACACUCUUCCGAAGUAUCUGCCCUGUUUGACCUUCCACCAGCAGUGUUUGAGGGUUCCGGUUUUGGCGCACCCUCGCCGGCACGUGUUAUCUUGUACUUUUUGGUUAAAGCCGUUCUAGUGGGUAUGAAGUAAUAGCUCAUUGUGGUUUCAUUUGCGUUUCUCAAGUAGCCAAUGAUGCUGAGGAUCUUUCCAUGUGCUAAUGGAUCAUUCAUGUAUAUUCUUUGAUGAAAUGUCUGUUCAGAUCUUUUAUUAAUUGGGUUUUCUUAUUUUUAAAAAGUAACAGUUCUUAAAAUACUCUGGAUACAAGUCCUUUAUAAGACAUAUGAUUUGCAAGUAUUUUCUCCAAGUCGGACAUGUCUUUUCAGUAUCUUAAUGGUGUCUUUUGAAGUGUGAAUGUUUUUAAUUUUAAUAAGUCCAGUUUAUUUGUUAUUUAUGGAUCAUGCUUUUCAUAUUGUAUCUCUCUGCCUAACUCAAGGUCGCAAAUGAUUCUCUCCUAAAUUCCAUUCCAGAAGUUUUACAGUUUCCCCUCUUACAUUUGGGUCUGUGAGCCGUGUUAAAUUAUUAUUGUUUAAGGUGUGAGGUGGGAUCUAAGUCUGUGUGGCUAUCCAUUGGUCUCAGCACCAUGUGUUUAAAAGACUGUUUUCUCAAACGGAAUUGCCUUGGUACCUCUGUCAAAAAUCAAUUGAUCAUAUAUUUAAAUGUUUAUUUUAAGUUUCGAAAUCGGGAAAUAUACAUCCUUUAACUUU